ACCUUAUCAUUCACAGGUAAAUUGGCAAUGAAGACUCGUAGCCUAUUGUAGUUCAAUAAUGACAAUAUUGGCAAACCAGCGUGGUUUUUAAUCAUUAAUGUUUGGGUUAGUUUACUCAGCAUAUGUAAGUGUAUUUGAUCACCUUAAGACAAUAUGGCACAAGAUCGAGUUAAUGCGAGGGCAAGGAACCGCCCUUCAUUUGAUCGCUUGGAUACAGUGAUGUCAGACGAUGGUGAGGGAUAUGAAGUUCUUCCAUUGCCAUCGCCAGGAAUGGAAGAACCUGAUAGUCCCACUUAUCCUUCUACUACAAGUGCUUUUGCAAUCAAGCCAAGAGUUCCUUAUAUGUCAAUAUACAGCAGUCCAAGUCGACUUUUGCUGGAUUGAAUCAGGAUUCCUAUCUGGAACGCCAAUUACUCUCAAAUUUAUUGAAGCAUCAAAGAGAUAAUGCUCUUCAUCAUCCAUUGAAAUCCAUACUUGUAUACAAUUGAAGUGAGUCAUGGUCCUUUUACAUGGAUUGUUCACAAACGUUUCAAACAUCUUCGUGAACUCCAUGACAAACUAUGGGCUCAUAGAACAUCAUUGAAGAUUCCACUGCCUUCAAAAAGUCAUAAAGAAAGCGAAAAACAGUAAAAGUAGACAAACGGAAAGGUGAGGCAGAAAUUAAAUUACCAAGAUUUCCGAAGAGGCCUGAUAUGUGGGUAUCACCAGAACAAAUCACAAAACGCAAGGAACAUCUUGAACUUUAUGUCAACAGUUUAUUAAAAAGUACAAUGUAUAAGAAGCACAGUUCAAUGAAAAAGUUUUUGGAAGUCAGUCGAUUCUCAUUUAUCCAAGAUCUCGGGACCAAAGGAAAAGAGGGAACACUGAGAAAAAAAUCUGGAGGGCACACUAUCAACUUAUAUUUUUGUGAUAAAUGUUGCAACGUGAAGUGCAGAGAACUUCUUAAAAAAUGGAGUGACAGGUGGUUUGUUGUGAAAGAUACUUUCAUUAUGUACUUGUCUCCUGAUCAAUCAACAAUAAAAGGUGUUCUCUUAUUCGACAACCAAUUAAAGGUAGAUACGAAAGAACAUUCCAAGAGAUUGACAAUUUCUAAUGCAUCAAGAAAGUUAACUGUGAACUGCUGGACAGAGAGGCAAACAAAUGUAUGGAAGGAUGCAAUAUUAACUACUGCCAAUGAAUGUGCGUCAGAUUUUGUAGGGAAGAAUCAAAAUGGUUCCUUCGCACCUGUUAGAGAAAAUUCACCUGCACACUGGUUUGUCGAUGGUUCUUCGUAUUUUAAUGCUGUUGCAGAUGCAAUAGAAGACGCUAACGAAGAAAUCUUUAUUACCGAUUGGUGGCUGUCACCUCAAAUUUAUUUGAAACGACCAAUAUCUGACGGUGGAAAAUGGCAACUUGAUAAACUAUUGAAGCGCAAAGCAGAUGCCGGUGUAAAGAUCUACAUUCUUCUAUACAAGGAAGUAGAAAUGGCGGUCGCAUUGCAGAGUAGAUACGCCAAAGACAUUUUGCAAAAUUCAAAUUUGAAAAAUAUCAGAGUAUUACGUCAUCCAGAUCAUAUUACAACAACCAAAGAUUCAUUAUUAUGGGCUCAUCAUGAGAAAAUUGUCGUCAUUGAUCAGAAGAUUGCUUUUGUCGGUGGUAUUGAUCUAUGUUAUGGUAGAUGGGAUAAUCAUGAACACAGGCUGACUGAUAUGGGUUCGGAUAAAGAUAGGAUGUUGUCAGUGGCAGAUGUUACCGACUCACAGAAUCCCUCCAAUGAACAAACUAAAUCUUCUGCUCACACAACAUCAGCACUUCUCAUGUUUCAAGCUAUGACUGUAGCUGUUGUGGAAGAAGUUUCCAAAGAAAAGACUGAAGAUAGUGAACUGCAAUUGAAGCCACUGUCAACAUCUUCUAGUGAUGAUGGAACCUUUCAAGCUGUGGAUGACGAACCAGAUAACAGAAUAGCACAUGACAAUGAUAUGAAUAUGACUUCUAAUGGUAAAACAACUAUUACUGUCAUUCAAGAAAGCAGCACUUUAUUGUCUUCAAAUGGUGCAGGCUAUGGAUCAUUGAAUGAUACGAGUCCGUUGGUGCCGAAAGAAAGUCCUGCAUCCUACCAUUCUUAUCAAUAUGCUGGCCCUGCUAGCAGUGCUGGAGCUGCUUACAAAGGAAUGGUUGAAAAUAUGAAGUUGGCUGGACAAGCUAAACUGUGGGUUGGAAAAGAUUAUGCCAACUUUGUUGCAAAAGAUUUGGCUCACUUGGAUGAUCCAUAUGAUGAUAUGAUUGAUCGUUUGAAAAUGCCAAGGAUGCCGUGGCAUGACAUCGCUUGUGUCACUUACGGCAAAGCAGCCAGAGAUGCUGCUCGACAUUUUAUACAAAGAUGGAACUUCACCAAGAUAGAGAAAGCAAAGAAGGGAGAGUCUGUUCCAUUUCUUCUUCCUAAAGCUUAUUGUGAAGAUGCAUUCAAUCUAAGACAGAGUUCCAUACAUCCAGAUGCAGUUAAUGCUAAAGUUCAGAUUCUGAGGUCGUCUGCUGAAUGGUCUGCGGGGAUUAGUGAAGCUGAACAAUCUAUCCAAACAGCUUAUAUCGAUGCUAUUAAUAAAGCAGAGCAUUAUAUUUAUAUUGAGAAUCAAUUUUUCAUUAGUGUGCGAAAUAAUCCUGAAAUAAAAAACAACAUUGUCGAUGCAUUAUUCUAUCGGAUAAUGAGAGCUCACACAGAAAAGAAGAAUUUUCGAGUUUAUAUUGUUAUGCCUCUCAUUCCUGGAUUCGAAGGGGAUAUCAGUGACAGUAGCAAAAGUCUUGCAAUUCAAGCAGUUUUAGAUUGGCAAUACAGAAGUAUGAAUAGAGGUGAUGGAUCACUAAUGGGUGACUUGACUAAACAAGGUGUGAAUUGUUCAAAUUAUGUGAGUUUCUGUGGAUUGCGAACUCAUUCUGAACUUGAAAAUAAACCAAUCACAGAGAUCAUCUACGUACACAGCAAGAUGUUGAUUGUGGAUGAUCGAUAUGUUAUUAUUGGUUCAGCAAAUAUAAAUGAUAGGAGUAUGACUGGUUCACGAGACAGUGAAGUUGCAAUGCUAAUUGAAGAUACAGAAAUGAUAGAUUCUACUAUGGAUGGAAAGUCAUAUCAAGUAGGACGAUUUGCAUCACGUUUGAGAAAAAGGGUUUUUGCUGAACAUCUUGGAUUACUUCCAGAGGAAUUAGUGGAGUCAAAUUUUGAACCAACUGAAAAUAUUGAUGAUAUUGCUUGUGAUAAAUUUUUCAAGGAUGUUUGGUUCAGAAUUGCUGGAAUUAACACAAAUGUCUAUGAAAAGGUAUUUAAAUGUGUGCCAUCUGAUAUUGUUGCUAAAUUUUCUGACAUCGCCAACUUUCAAAGUCAUCAAAUGAAAAAUGUAGAUCAAAUGAAGAAAGAACUUGAAAAGAUUCAAGGAUACCUGGUGCUUUUACCAUUAUUUUUUCUAAAAGACGAACCUCUUCGACCAGAGGGUUUGACAAAAGAAAGCAUGGCACCAACUGCAUUGUGGACAUAGUGCAUAGGCCUCAUAUGAUGAUCUUAUAAACUAAAUUUAUAUUUUUCAAUUUAUAUAUGCAUAACAGAAGUUUUCCACUUUAAUAAAUUUUUAAACACUGACUUCUAUCACAGCCAUUCCUGACGAUAUCAUGUUCUUCUUUGAUGAUUUAAAAUGUUGUUUUUUGUAACAUUUUUUGUGUUUUUGUGCCCAAAAAUGGAAGAUAUUUACUUUUAUAGCAUUUGUUUCAUGAUGAGUAUAGAAUGAUUCUUAGUAUUAUGCCGAGACAAUGACAGUGGUUUUGAAAUUUUUUUUUUUUUAAAUUUUCCAUAUCAUACUAAUAAUUUGAGCUGACUAUGAACAGAAAAAUAGCCUGAGGCUCUGGGAUGUCCAAAAAGAAAUUUUGAUUGUAUUUGAUUAUUGAUAUUCUUGAUUUUUGAAAUAAUUUGGAUUAGUUUCAUUCAAAAAAGAAUUUUGCAGCAAUUGAUUUCUCACAGAAUGACUGAAGAUGCCUUAAUUUAAAUCCUGAUAUCUGUAGAAACAGGACCAAUCAAGCACUGUUUAUCUUAAUAUUUCUUCCUAUCCCAAUUAACAAAUUCAAAUUCUUUGUAUAUAAAUCGACAUCCAUUUGUCUCUUGUUAAACAUGGCAGUUUAAUUGGAUAUUCCAAUAUAAUAUUUUUGAGUGUAUCUGAAAUAGCAGAUAAUUUGGUCUUGGUCUUCCAUAGUUAUGCAAGUGUAGGACCAAUAUAUGCCACAAGGACUAAAAUAUGCUGCGUUAUCCAUUGCCUCAACCACAAAGGAGUGUAAUUAUGUCAUAGAAAUUUUAAUUAAAAUAUCUGGUACAUGAGCUAGUUCUACUGCUGUUCGUUUAGUUAUGAUCUCUUUUUCCAGUAACCUGUUUUAUAAAAUUAAAUUAAACAGAAGUCUAUAGAAAAAAAAUGCUUCCUAAACUUAUACCCUGAGAAAGCUUUUCCACGUUUCAUCAUGAUGGUGCUUGACUUUGUUAUACAUUUUGUUAUCGUAUAAACAAAAAAAUUCACAUUGUUGCAUUUAGUGUGCUAACAGAGAAUCAAUUCUAAUAUUAACAACGAUUGUUUUAGGUGUGAACUUAUCAUAUUUACUUUUGCCAAUACAGAUAAUAAUGGUACUUGAACUAGAAUAAUUAAAAGGCUGCAAUUUUUGUGUUUAUGGUAUAUAUUCAAGAACUUUUGUCCCAAUUUGUAACCCUGUUGCACAGUUUUUUAGUAAUUUGCAAUGUUUUAUAGAGUUUCAUGUGUGUUUUCAGAAACAACUUCAAAAACGGAUGAAUAAGACUGCUUUAUAGGAUAUUUAACACUUUUGCUCUGACUUUGACAUAAUGAGCUACUAUGAUAUUAAAAGAAUUAUAUCUUUCCAAUUUGGCAUAGUCUGCCUAAUUUAUAAAACACAGGGCAAUUUUGACAAAACGGGGUGUUGUUUUUCAAACUAUGACUUCAGUAGCCUAUAAAACCCGUAAGUUAGGUCCAGUGACUACAAAACUGUCAACUUCAAUCACUUCUGUUGUGUAAAAUUCAUCUUGAUCAGCUUGAACAGCCAUGAGGCCACUGUCACUGCAUCAUUUAACUGAAUUUCUGAUAAUUCGGCGCACCUCAGAGGGUUGUGGGUGGGUCCUUUUUUAUUUUUUACCUUUAUCUAGAUCAGUGGUUCUCAUGUGGCCUUUUAACUUUCUCAUGCAAGGGAAAAACUACAAAAAAAAUUCUUUAGAUUAGAUAGAUAGAUAGUUUCGAAAACUCCACAAUAUGAUAAUUCUCGUUCUCCAGAAUUCUCCAUUUUUAAUUUUCUUUGUAUUUGUAUAUUAAAGUUUAACUAAUUUAUCAAUAACUCUUAUCAUUUUCAAUAUGUUUGUGGCCCACCUGAAUAUGUUUCUGUGGCCCAGCAGUGGGCCAUGGCCCACUGGUUGAGGACCAGUGAUCUAGAUGCUUUUGGCACCAUGAAAAGGAUUUGUUUUUUUCAUCAAAAACAUUAUUAAUUGUUACCAUUAUCAAGCUUUUUGAAAUCCUACUUUAAUUGUGCAUCAAGAAUAUAUGAAAUGAUUUAUUAGCCAAAUUUUGUUGCAAACUUAGUUGCAUUUAAUACCACCAUGUUUAUUAGUAUAUUUGUUGAUGACAUUCAGAGUAAUAGAACAUGUAUGUUGCAUCUUUGAUUUUUACUACAUACACAAAGAUAUAGGAAUGGAUCCCUCUGGGUGAGGUAGUUCCUAAACUAAUAUGAGAACCCUCAUAUAUAUAUUUAAUUUUUACAAUGUUCAAAAUCAAAAUGGUGUUUUUCAAUAAGUUCUAUGAAACAUUCAAGUGCUAUAUCUACAGAAAUCUUUCCUGAAAGAUUCAAUACCUUUAUGUAUUUUUCAUUUUUUAAUCUGCACAAUCACUUUUAAUCAAAUCACCUUCCACAGUUUCCUACUUAAUCUACAUACCACUCUAAUUCAUUGUUAAUUACCUUUCAAUCAAGUGAAAAUACUUCUAAGCCAUCAGUUGGUAAUUGCGUGAUUUCACACUGGGUUUAUUUAUUAUUGGGUCAUAUCAUAAUUAACUAUGCAUCAAAUCAAUAAUUUAAUUAUCAAUAUUUUUCUAAACCUAAUGAACCAAAUGUAUACUGUCCUCUAAUUAAUUGAAAAUUAAGAAAUAAUUUUUUUUUGUUUUGUAUUAUAUUGAGAGAUGGUAAUAAAUCACUGAUAAAGAUGCA